AUGGCCAGUGAAGCUCCUGCCGCUACAACGUCUAUUACCGAAACUAGAGCUCCAGAAAAGCCACCUGCUGACCCUAUCACCGACUCUGCGACAGCAGGCGACAAAGAGAGCGACCCAGCCACCAAGGAUAAUGGCACGGCCGCGGCAACAUCCACAACUCCAGCUCCUGUCGUCGACACAGAAGACAAGACCAAGCCAGAGGCAACAGAUGCACCAAAGGAACCAACCGAAACUUCUGUAACCAAAGAGGGUGCAAAACAAACACCAGCUGCAACGGUCGAUAGUACCUCGAAGCCUACAAUUGGCAUUGCAUCUGCCGUUGCCUCGGCGGUUCCAGCAGCGCCGGCGCAGCUCCCAGUUCCGGGUCCUGUAACCGAACCCUCAUCCGCCCCAGAAACAGCCAAGGCGGCAACUAACGGCACUGCCCUCACUGAGACGGUCGAGACUGAGAAUGACGACGCCAAAGCCGGCGACAAGCGACCAGCCGAGGAGCCAACGGCUGGGGAAAAGUCUGAUGGACCUGUUACAAAGGUCAAAGAUGCAGUCAAAAAGGCAGUUGAGCCACUUGCAAAGAAAAUAAAGACAGACGACAAGGUUGAGCAGGCUGAGCCGGAAAAUGGUACUAACGGCGUCAAGCGAGGCAAGUCGAAACGUGAGAAGAAACCGGCGGCGCCCGUGGGAAGGACCGAACGUAAAACGAGAAGUCAGGGGCCUUUGUGA